AUGGCUGAACUCAAGUGGUCUCCCUGCUCUCCUGCAGUUUGUCACGUUACUUCUUUCCCGACUCUCGCAGAGGGCUGUAAGAAGGUCCUGCAGUGGCUGUGGCAGAGGGACGACCUCAAACUGGAGCUGGACGACAUGCAGAAGGAGCUGGAGAGUGUGCGCGGUCAAAAGGCCAAGACAGUGAGGGACGUGCUGACCUCCCGUUGCGUCCGCUGGCAGCUGCUCACCCUGGCCAUACCCUGUGCAGGAGUGCAAUUCUGUGGCAUCAACGCGGUGAUUAUUCCAAUGAAGCCUUGA